GAGCCCUGCAGGAACGCUGGGAGCAGAAUCCCAAGAUGGGCAUAAUGGAGAUAUGCAACACAAGGAUUAAAUGAGAUCCCACUACCACACCGGAGCACAGGGAUUGGUCACUGAGACGAAGACAGAAGGUCCCUUGGGGUGGCACUGUGGGGAGGCGAAGGUGCCCAGUGCCCAGGUGUGCUCUCCAAGCCCGUCCAGCUGCAGGAGGCUCCUCCAAGGUUUUGCCCAUUCACUUGCGCGAGCUGGAAAUGCUGUGUGAGUCCAGUCCCUCCACUCUUCCCACCACCUGAUGGAGGGUCAAGCAGCCUGAAGGCCAUCAGAUCCAUCCAAAAAGCUCCUUUCCUGGAGUCAUCCCACAGGGGAGCGCUGGCUGUCUAAAAAACGCCUGAAUGCCGUGACUCUUCCAUCAUUCCCUCCACUUCUUUCACCAUUUGGUCUUGAGUCUUGCCAUCCACUUCCAACCAGGAAUCCUGCUGAUCAAUGUCCUGUGGAUUUUCUGCAGACAUGCAGGUACCCGAGCUGGAGGAAGACGAGAAGGAGGCCUGGGCUGAUGAAGUGGAGGAGAUGAGCGAAAAAGUGGAUGUCACCCUGGACCCAGGCACUGCCAAUCCCUUCCUGGUCCUAGCGGCGGAUCGGCGAGGCGUGAGACGGGGAGACACAUGGGCUUCACUGCCCGACACCCCAGAGAGGUUCACCACCGAGCCCUGCGUGCUGGGCUGCCCAGGCUUCACUGUGGGGCAGCACCACUGGGAGGUGGCGGUGGCCAACGGCGGGGACUGGUGGGCCACUGGGGUGGCUGGAGGAUUCAUCCGGAGGAAGGGCGUCCUCCAGCUUUCCCCCGAAGAGGGGAUUUGGGCAAUGGGGCAGUGGUUCGGGCAAUACCAUGCUUUCACUCACCCUGACUGGACCCCCUUGCACCUCCACCGGCCACCCAGGACCAUUCGGGUGUCCCUGGACUGCACUGGCGGGCAGGUGACCUUCGCUGACGCUGAGGACAGAGCUCCCAUCUUUGCUUUCUCCCUGUGCCUGUGCCCCGGCGAGACCCUGCACCCUUGGCUCUACGUUGGGAGCAACUCGUGGCUCACGCUGUGUCCCCAAAUGGCUGCGGGACCCCCCCACCCCAGUGGCUGCGAGAUCCCUGAGAGGUCCUGGAACACCGAGAGGUCCUGGACCACCAGAAUUGGUGGGGCUCCCUGGUCGGUGCGGGACCCACAUACAGAAACAGGACCCCUGACAAAUCCAGGGCCCCACACCAUGGCAGGACGCCCAGCAGGCCCGAGACUCCCAGGAUAUAAUCCAAAGCAACAGGCCAGCAAGUUCCGCCGGGGCAGCACAACUGUGCAUCUCACUACUUUGCUUUAUCCAGGGCAGAUGGUUGCGAGGAUGAAGCUUCUUUUGUUUUUCUGUGCCAGCCGCCCUCUGCCUUGCUUCAUUAUCUGUUUCCUGAUGCUCCUUGUUCAUGAGCUGGAGGCAGCUCAGUUUUCACGGCGAAGACCAGACAGCUCCAUCCUCCUCGUCACCGUCGGGGCAGAUGCUGUGCUGCCCUGUCGCCUCACCCCAGCCAGGAGCCCUCGGCCUGUGGAGGUCACCUGGCUGCGGGCGCCACGCUCCUGGCCGGGGCAUCACAGCCGCGUAGGGACACAAAGAGAUGGGGCACCAGGACACCACCAAAGGACAGUGUUGCUGAAGCGCUGGACCCAUGGGGACCAUGCGGAUUUGAGGCUUUCCAGCAUCGGACCCUCCGAUGAGGGACACUACACCUGUUUGGUUCAAAAUGGGAUCAAAUAUGAAGGGGCCCGGCUGGAACUGAAGGUGACAGCCAUGGGGUCUGCUCCUUACGUCUCCAUGGAGAGCUACCAAGGAGGCCUCAGAGCUGUGUGUCGAUCAGCUGGCUGGUACCCACGGCCCCGCAUGACAUGGAGGGAUCCCAACCAUCAGCGUUUACCACUGCAGUCUGAAACACAUUCCCAGGACCAGAGGGGCCUCUUUGAAGCACGAAGUACCCUCGUCAUAACGGUAAACACCACGAAGAACAUGUCCUGCGUGGUGAGGAACACCUACCUCAACCAAGAAAAGGAAACGGCUUUUCAAACCUCAGACUUUUUACAAGACGCCUAUCCAGGGAUGGCUGUUCCAAGCAUGAUCCUGACAGUGUUUGGAUUCAUUGGCUUCAUUGCUUAUCUGUCAAAGACCAAAGGGUGGCGGAGAUUUGUGGACAAAAUAGCAAAAGCAAACAUGACCCUGGAUCCGGACACAGCUCACCCCCAGCUGCUCCUCUCCGAAGAUGGCAGAGGUGCGAGGUGGGGAGAAGAGCAGCAAGAGCGGCCUGAAAGGCCAGAGCGAUUCGACACGUGGCGGUGCGUGCUGGGCCGCGAGGGCUUCAGCGCAGGCAGGCACACCUGGGAAGUAACAGUGGGUGGUGGGAAGAGCUGGGGCGUGGGACUGGCCAGGGCCUCUCUGAAGAGGAAGGGACGGACUUACCUGAGCCCUGAGGAGGGACUAUGGGCAGUAGUGAAGCUGGAGGACAAGUUUCGGGCUCUCACCUCCCCUGAACGCAUACCGCUGCCCUGGAGCUGCCUCCCCAGAAGGAUCCGUGUGUCCCUGGACUAUGACAAGGGGCAGGUGGCCUUUUCCGAUGCAGAAACUGCUGCCCCCAUCUUCACUUUCCCGCCAGCCUCGUUCAGGGGGGAGAAGGUCCAUCUCUGGCUCUGGGUAUGGGACAAAAACUCCUGGCUCAGGUUGUUUCCCUAAAACCCCUCAGAGGACCCAUAUGAGUCUAGCCUUGGUCAUUGCAUUUGCUAUUUCUUGAAGACUUCCUCCCAAAUCAGUUUGGUGACCCUGGAGGAUCAGUGGCUUUGGACCGGUUGGUCAAACAAGGGGCAGCCGCCAAGCACUGAGGUGAAGCAGGGGAAACCCUCCCGCCACCAUUUCUGCCUGCAAACGGGGACCAGGCUGGACUAGUUGUGAUAGUCGGUGCUGGGCCUUUCUUACAGUGCUGCUUCUAGUUGUAUUGGGAGGGAGAGGCUUUUCAAAAGAGACAGUCUUCCAAGCUACUGAGUCCUGGUAUUAUUGUGGAUAAGCAUCGGGCUCUGAAUAAAGCACCUCACACUUCUCCUGGAAGCGCUUUGACCUCUUUGCAGUAUCUACAUCUGCAAAGGGUCUUCAUAUUUGCUUCUGGCCUAGUGGCAGCUCCUUUGGGUGCCAGUUGAAGAGGAUAACGUCCAUGCUCCAGAUCACUUCCAUCGUUUCUGUGCAUUUUUUCAUUUGGUUUUGUUUGUCCAAACUGUUCAUGCUGUGGUUACGAGGGUCUUCGCAAAGAUGGGGAAGUUCUCCCAAAUGUGUUUCCAUUUUAGAGGGAGGGGGAGGCUCUGCUGCCUGGUAUCUAUGAAGGAGGCAUCUGGUGAGGGUUAGUGAGCAGAGAUGGCACCAAAGGAAGCAUCCAAAAGAGGUGCAU